UCAUGCUUUAUAAUGGUUCAGCUAAUGCCGGAUGCUCGGUGUCGGGCGAUGUGUGUAACGGGAGCUGUACUAAAAAGGAAGUUUCUGUGACCCCGACUGCCAUCUCGAUGACGGUGGGCAUCGUUUCCAACACCCUGGCCCUCUUCAUCUUGAUCAAAGCCUACCGCAGGUUCAGGCUGAAGUCGAAAGCAGCCUUCCUCAUGUUUGCUAGCGGCCUGGUGGUGACUGACUUCUUGGGACACCUGAUCAACGGCUCUCUGGCUCUCUACGUGUACGCCUCCCAAAAAGACUGGGAGACGUUUGACCCUCACAAGUCUCUGUGCGACUUUUUUGGCGUUUCCAUGGCUUUCUUUGGCUUGACUCCUCUGCUGCUCGGGGGCUUGAUGGCGGUGGAGCGCUGUUUCGGAGUGACCCGUCCUCUCUUCCACGUCACAGUGCAGGGGGCCCAUCACGUCAGGAGGCUGUUGGGUUUGACCUGGCUGCUGGGUCUGCUGGUGGCCCUGCUGCCCCUCCUGCUUCAGAGGUCGUAUCAGGUGCAGCGCUCCCGGAGCUGGUGUUUCUUCCACCUGCAGGGCCCGCGCGAUUGGCUGGACGUGCUCCUGCUGAUACUGUUCUCUGCGCUGGGUUUGCUGGCUCUCCUCGUCUCAUUAGUGUGCAAUACAGUGACUUUUCUCACUCUCCUGCGGCGCAGGGUACAACUUGACCGAGAUCAUCAUCGCCACAGCCGUAACACAUCUCACCAUUGUGAGAUGGUCUGCCAGCUUUUGGCAAUCAUGCUGGUCUCCUGUGUGUGCUGGGGACCAAUUUUGAUAACGGGCAUCAUCUUCAGCCUGCAGGACCACGGUGAGGAUCAGACAUCGUACGCUCAUAUGCUCCUGGUUGUGCGCAUGGCGACCUGGAACCAGAUCCUCGAUCCCUGGGUGUACAUCCUCCUGCGCAAAGCUGUUCUGAGGAGACUUUUUCAGGUGGCACUGAGACUUUGCAGUCCUCACUCCGAAUUUCGCUUCCAGUGGCAGGGCAGCAUCGAGGCCAGCAGCUCAGUGAUCAGCAGACCAGACUUCAUCUGCCUGCAUGGACCUUACCUUCCAGACACUGCCAUCCAGUCAGACGACCUCCGCUGACGGGGGAUAUGCAUUACACUGGAUAAGAGGCCGUGCCAUGUCUCUUGCAUUAAUCACAGACCUGUUUUCAUUAGUAUACGUACAACGUGCAAGAAUCAAAUACAAAAUUAGUGCUUUUAAUCGAUUUGUUCAAAUAAGUGGGGUAUAUAGAUCCUUUUGAAGCUUUUUUUUCAUCUAUUGCUUCAAGCAUGUUUUGAGACUUUAUGUGAAUAUAUUUUAAAAGACGAUCGUGGUUAGAUGUUUUAAACAUCUCAGAACAUGUCUCAUAGCGGUACGCACACACAUUUAAAAUGAUUUUUGUAUUUUAUGGUAUCUGUAGAUUGGAGCAUUUUAUAUGAAAGCUUCUAGAAUUAAAUUUUGCUGCUGUAAAGAGCUGUUUAAAUCCGUAAUCUGUCAAUGUCGAAGCACUACAAAAUAUAAACAUGUACAACUAGCUCAUCUUAAUGUAUAUGUUCGCUUGUCGCGUGGCCAUAUAUGCGGGAUAUAUAAGAGAGCAAGGGUGAGCGGAACCAGUUUUUACUUGCGUGUGCAUAAAUUUGCAUGUGGCGCAUGCAUGUGAUUGAUCACUUUAUGUCUAAAAUAAACCGCUUUUCAAAAUGCGUGCUCAACUUGAUGCAGCUGACUAUGUAAAAAAAACGGUCAAAAGUAAACCUGAACAUUUUCACCAA